CUUAAAGAUGAGCUUUUACCAGCAAUCCCAUCUAAAGAAGAAUCAUCGCUAAAACCAUCACAAACACAACUACAAAGUCAACCACAAAAUAUAUUAGACACUCAAUUAGUAUCUAUAGAUGUUUCGGAAACAAACGAUUCUAAUAUCAGUAUAGAAAAAGAUGACCUUACGAGUCAAGAACAAAGUGCGCCUGUAAAGACACAAGAAAUUGUACAAAUCGAAAAUAUUUAA